AUGAGGAUUCUCCUCGUCGCGCUGCUCGCCGCCCUGGGGGGGCCGGUGGGGGGGGCUUUCCCCAGCUCCGUGCAGAUCGGCGGGCUCUUCAUCAGGAACACGGACCAGGAGUACACGGCGUUCCGAUUGGCCAUCUUCCUCCACAACACGAGUCCCAACGCCACCGAGGCGCCGUUCAACCUCGUCCCCCACGUGGACAACAUCGAGACGGCCAACAGCUUCGCCGUCACCAACGCAUUCUGCUCCCAGUACUCCCGGGGCGUCUUCGCCAUCUUCGGCCUGUACGACAAGCGCUCGGUGAACACGCUGACGUCGUUCUGCGGCGCGCUGCACAUCAGCCUCGUGACGCCCAGCUUCCCCGGCGAGGCCGAGGCGCCGUUCGCCCUGCAGCUCCGGCCCGGCCACCGGGGGGCGCUGCUGUCGCUGCUGGACCACUACGACUGGAGCCGCUUCGUCUUCCUCUACGACACGGACCGAGGUUAUGCAAUACUGCAGGCAAUUAUGGAACGAGCGGGGCAGAACGGAUGGCAGGUGAGUGCUAUCUGCGUGGAGAGCUUCACGGAGGCGGCGUACCGGCGUCUCCUCGAGGACUUGGACCGCCGCCAGGAGAGGAAGUACGUCAUCGACCUGGAGCCGGAGCGGCUGCAGAGCAUCCUGGAGCAGGCGGUGAGCGUGGGUAAACAUGUGAAAGGUUACCAUUACAUCAUCGCCAACCUGGGAUUUAAGGACAUUUCUCUGGAGCGCUUCAUGCACGGCGGGGCCAACGUGACCGGCUUCCAGCUGGUGGACUUCAGCCGGCCCAUCGUCAUCAAACUGAUGCAGCGCUGGAACAAACUGGACCAGAGGGAGUACCCUGGGUCUGAGAGCCCCCCCAAGUACACCUCGUCUCUGACGUACGACGGCGUCCUCGUGAUGUCCGAGGCCUUCCGCACCCUCCGGCGUCAGAAAAUUGAUAUCAGUCGCCGUGGCAACGCCGGCGACUGCCUGGCCAAUCCGGCGGCUCCCUGGAACCAAGGGAUAGAUAUGGAGCGGGCGCUCAAACAGGUGCGUAUUCAGGGCCUGACUGGAAACAUUCAGUUCGACCACUACGGCCGGAGGGUCAACUACACCAUGGACGUGUUCGAGCUGAAGAGCUACGGCCCGCGCAAGAUCGGCUACUGGAACGACAUCGACAAGCUGGUGCUGGUCCAGAGCGAAAGCGGUCCGUCCAACGACAGCACGUCGAUGGAGAACCUCACGGUCGUCGUGACAACCAUCAUGGAGGGUCCCUACGUGAUGCUCAAGAAGAACUGGGAGCUGUACAAGGGCAACGACCAGUUCGAGGGCUACUGCGUGGACCUGGCCUCCGAGAUCGCCAAGCACAUCGGCAUCAAGUACAAGAUCUCCAUCGUCCCGGACGGGAAGUACGGGGCCCGGGACCCCGAGACCAAGAUCUGGAACGGCAUGGUGGGGGAGCUGGUGUACGGGAAGGCGGAGAUCGCGGUGGCGCCGCUGACCAUCACGCUGGUGCGGGAGGAGGUGAUCGACUUCUCCAAGCCCUUCAUGUCGCUGGGCAUCAGCAUCAUGAUCAAGAAGCCGCAGAAGUCCAAACCCGGCGUGUUCUCCUUCCUCGACCCGCUGGCCUAUGAGAUCUGGAUGUGCAUCGUGUUCGCCUACAUCGGGGUCAGCGUGGUGCUGUUCCUGGUGAGUCGCUUCAGUCCGUACGAGUGGCACGCCGAGGAGCCGGAGGAGGGCACGGCGGAGCUCGGCCCGACCGACCAGCCGCCCAACGAGUUCGGCAUCUUCAACUCGCUGUGGUUCUCCCUGGGGGCCUUCAUGCAGCAGGGCUGCGACAUCUCACCACGCUCCCUGUCGGGCCGCAUCGUGGGCGGGGUCUGGUGGUUCUUCACCCUCAUCAUCAUCUCGUCCUACACGGCUAACCUGGCGGCCUUCCUCACGGUGGAGCGCAUGGUGUCGCCCAUCGAGAGCGCCGAGGACCUGGCCAAGCAGACGGAGAUCGCCUACGGGACGCUGGACUCGGGUUCCACCAAGGAGUUCUUCAGGAGGUCCAAAAUCGCCGUGUACGAGAAGAUGUGGUCGUUCAUGAAGUCGGCCGAGCCGAGCGUGUUCGCCAAAACCACCGCGGAGGGCGUGGCCCGCGUCCGCAAGUCCAAGGGCAAGUACGCCUUCCUGCUGGAGUCCACCAUGAACGAGUACACGGAGCAGCGCAAGCCCUGCGACACCAUGAAGGUCGGAGGGAACCUGGACUCCAAAGGAUACGGCAUCGCCACGCCGAAGGGCUCACAGUUAAGAACCCCGGUAAACCUCGCAGUAUUGAAACUGAGCGAAGCAGGAGUCUUAGACAAACUGAAAAACAAAUGGUGGUAUGACAAGGGAGAGUGUGGACCCAAGGACUCUGGAAGUAAGGACAAGUCGUCCCAGGCCCUGAGCCUGUCCAACGUGGCGGGGGUCUUCUACAUCCUGGUGGGCGGCCUGGGCCUCGCCAUGCUGGUGGCGCUGGUGGAGUUCUGCUACAAGUCGCGGGCCGAAGCCAAGCGCAUGAAGCUGUCUUUUUCCGAAGCCAUGCGGAACAAGGCCCGUCUGUCCAUCACGGGCAGCGUGGGGGAGAACGGCCGCGUCCCGACGCCGGACUGCCCCAAGGCCGCGCACGCCGGCCGCGCCUCCCUCCGACACCCCGGCCUCGCCGUGGUCUCCUCCGGCCCGCCCUGAAAACCAAAAACACCUUCCGUGCCUUAAAGACACUCCGACACACGAGGGACGAGGACACAAACAAACAAACAAACAAUCACACACCUACCAUCGUCAUAAAUAUAUAUAUAUAUACAAGCACUCACCUGAGUACACACACACGGGCGCAGCAUCGUUUCACUUUCCAUCGACUUCUUUUACGAGAGAUAAGAGGAAAACUACAAAAAAACUACAGACAACGGGACGAUCGCUUGUCUGCAGAAACUUUGAUCUCUUUUUUGGGGGGUUGGACCCCAUCCUCCAUCCUGAUAUCGACAAUACCUGACUGUGGGGGGGGGGGGGGGGGGGAAGCCAGUAC